AUGUCUCGUUUCAAAUCUGGAAACGAACAGUUACAAGACCUCCCAAAGUGUGGACGACUGAAAUCAGUCACGACUAGGCAAGGUGUUAUGAAAAUCAAGGAAUUAAUUGAGAAAGAUGCUAGACUGACAUUGCGCGAAUUAGCCCAUAGAUCAGGGAUAUCAGCUGCACGAGUUCACUUUAUUCUGCGCAAAAUAUUGAAAGGACCUUCCAUCCAAGUUGCUGUUCCAAAAGGAAAAAGUGUGACUGCCAACAAUGCACAGUUAUGGUUAGUAGCUGUUCUGUUGAACUCUUUCUGUAUACAGCGUUUUUCUGCUGCAUGUUCUGAAGAUGGUACGUGUUGUAACAAAUUUGAAUGUGAAUACAAUGUACUGCUGAAACUGAUUCAACUGGAGGAGAAAACUGCCGAACAGGAAAAUAAAAUUGAAUCAUUAACAGAAGAACUGAAAGGUGCAAAAGACACAAUAGCCGAACUGAACGAAACAAUCUUAACAAACGAAAGAUCUACCGAUGGUACUACAUACAUACGCUGGGGUCGAACUGUAUGUCCUAGUACAGCAUUUCUAGUGUACAAUGGAUACGUUGCCGGGGCUCACUAUAGUCAUACCGGAACCGCUGUCGACCCACUGUGCCUACCAAGAGAUCCAAAUUAUGACCAAAUCAAUGACGGAUUUCAAAACUCUGGCAGGUUAUAUGGAGCGGAAUAUGAAACAAACACAUACAGCGGAUGGAGUCACCUUCACGACCAUGAAAUUCCAUGUGCAGUGUGCCGAAUACCCCGUAACAACGUCCUCAUGGUGCCUGGAAAAAGCGUGUGUCAUGAGAAUUACAUACUGGAAUAUAAAGGCUACCUAAUGUCCGCACACUAUGGUCACAAUUCACCGUCUGAAUUUAUAUGCGUUGAUGAUCUGCCAGAAAUGUUGGAAGGUGGACAAGGAAAUCAAAACGGACAAUUAUUUUAUUUUGUUGAAGGAGUAUGUGGCUCACUGCAAUGCCCACCAUAUAAAGACGGCUGGGAGCUUACAUGUGCCGUUUGUUCGUUUUCGCCAGGUGCUCAGUCUACAAAGCUUCAGCCGUACAUUUGAUAUAAUUUAAUAUGAUUCAUAAACAAACACCAGUAUUGAUUAUUCGUUAUUCACUGUAGUAUACUGUAUUCCUUUUUCAUUUUUUUUCUCGUGAUCAUCUUCUAAUGUGGCAUGAAACACCCCAAAACUAGCAUACUAGUCUAAAAAUACAUAUUUAGGCAUUCCAAAAAACAAGACUUAUUAUGCAAAUCUAACUAAAAAUCCUCUCGCUUUUGACAAAUAUUUUCUCGGGCUCCGAACAUGAUAAUUAUAUAAUAUGAUUCAGCUACUUUUCUAAUAAGCUAAGUCGCCAUAUGUUUCGGUGCGAUGUUAAACCUAACAAAAUAAACUAAAUAUUCUAUUAAGCUAGCUAUUUCAUCGGUAAGAUCCCUAUCAUUUAAAACAAGAAGCCUUAACAUGCGUCAUAACACAUGGCAGAGUAUAACCAGGGUGCUUCGUUUAUCUCACAUUACAGAAAAGUAUUGCAACUUUGCAUGCAACCGUUAAAUACACUAAAACAGAUUUGUUAGUAACAAAUGAUUUUGGCUUAGAUAAUAUAUUACUGAUUGUACAUUCUUAAGGCAGAGUUUACAAUCAGUAAACAUUUCAUACUUUAUAUGACAACUUUAUGAUUGUUCCUGUCCUUAAAAUAUAUACGGCAGAUUACGCUCUUAACUUGUCAAAAUAUGGUAGUUAAGCCAGGAAAAUGCCUGUUACUGAGUGAGUUGGAUUUUACGGCGAAUCAGCACAAAAGAUCAUAUAUCGCCGAAAAGAAGUUAUAUUGAAAACGUAAAUUGUAAAGCAUCUCUAAAAACAUUCAUGUAAAAUGUAUAUACAUGUAGAGGGUUAAAAUAUCAGUGACUUGUAUUUUGAGUAAAGAAAUUGGUCCAAUCGCUGAAGUAUCUCUGUCUUAGACUAUGCUGAAUGUCCAGUUUGUGUGCUCUCACCCAAAAUGAAUAUCAAAUAAAAAUAAUUUAUCUGUAAA